GCCCUAGUCAAUCUUCGCGGCCGUGGAUGGGGUGCUUUGAAGAAAAGGGAGGCUGUGGCUCGCCUGUUGGGAAUGGCGUGGAAAGCCCCACUGAAGGCUGCUGGUUUCAGCAUUGACCAGUGGGGAUUUCCAGAGAUGCUGGCAGCGGUCCGUGUUCAUCAUGCACAGCCCGGCAUCAAGACCCUCUCCGAGGAGAUUGAGAGGCAGCUUCGAUUUCAGCCUGGAGAUCUCUUUGGAUCCAAGGCUGGAGCAAUGAAGCAAACGUCUUCUGCGGCCGAAGCUGCUGCGGUUACGGAGGCGGAGGUGCAGGUCACAGUCACGCAUCCCACCGAUCGGGACUCCGUCGUUGUGAAUGUUCCUGGCAGCGCCAACAUGAGGCAGGUAAAAGAUGCCCUGGCUCGAAAGCUUGGCCGGCCGGAGGUCUCUCGAAAUGGUCGCAUGGUGGUUGAAAGCCCGAAUGGCGAUCUUCUACCUGUCCCAGACAGCCAAAGGCACGUGCAAGAGUUGGUGGCGCAAGUAGGACCNNCUUGA